AUGUCAGCCAAUCAAAUUCCGAGCACUGGAACCAUUCUUGGUAGCGGACGAAAAACACCGGAAAUCGACAAAAUUGAAGAGGCCGCUGAGACUGGCCUAAAAAUAUCGAUCAGAAACGAAAACCGGCAGGAGGUUCGCGCUUUCAAACCGUGCCAGUUUGGCGCGAACCCGAGUGAAGGUGGUCAAAAAUGUGUUCGCGAGGAACAUGGUUUGUCACGUGAAGGUCACUUGACACUCUAUAUCCAUGGUGGGAGAAUAGGCGCAAGACCAAUUCCAAGUACAACAGCUGCUGACACAUCUCAGCUGCUCAUUCUCGAUUUAUCCUCCCCGUUCAGUGUGGCCCAGGCUCCGUGGACACUUGGCCCGGAUGGUCCAAUAUUGGCAUCUCAUUCCCUCUCUGUAGGCGGUGGCGAUAACAACAUGCUUAUUGCGUUCGGUGGAGAGACUCCUUCCACAACUCAAUCUACAUCACUAUUCACUUUCGAUACGCAAAGUAACAGUUGGCUUCCUAAUCAAGCACCCCAAGUAACAAGUCGCAUGGAACACUCGGCGGCUAGCAAAAAUGACUCUACUGUAUACAUAUUUGGAGGAAUACCGAUAACUCCUUCUUCGACCAACACAUCCGCGCAAACGCAGCUUGAUCAGUUGUACAUGUUAAACACUACAAACAUGAAUUGGUCUUUAAUCGGUGGUUCACAGACGUUUUCUCCAACUGGCAGAUUCCAUCACAGCGCUACGAUGAUGGACGACGGGAGAAUGUGGAUAAUUGGAGGAUUUGGCAAUGGGCAAAUGAUACCCAUGGACACUCUUUAUGUAUUUGAUACGGUUAGAGGAUUAUGGAGUAAUACGACCGCAAUAGGAAGUAUCCCCACUCCGCGAAGAGCGCAUCAGGCUGUAGGAACUUCUUCAAACAUAAUAAUAAUCUUUGGUGGAUGCGAUCAAACAUAUAGUACAUUAUAUAACGACGUAUAUAUCUUGGACGUUAACGCUGAGCCACCAAUUUGGACUCAACAAUCAACACAGGGGGUCCUCCCUGCUGGAAGAUAUGCUCACUCUAUGACAUUGGCGGGGGAUAACAUUGUCAUUGCAUUUGGUUAUACUACGAAUUUUGAGACGGAUCCUUCUCUUUUAAUACUAGACGCUAAAUCUUUUACUUGGAUGUCGUCGUACACUCCCAAGAAUAUAGAUACAACAUCUACAGCAACUCCCGUACCUAGUGGUGGCGUCUCUGACGGAUCGGGUGGAUCUGGUGGGUCUGACGGGACGUCGAAUGGGUUAUCUACAAAGACUGCUGUAAUAGUAGGAACAUCAGUUGGAGGAAGCUUAAUAUUAAUCACUGCGAUAGCUGUUCUGAUAUGUUGUUGGAGAAGGAAACGCCGAACGAAAUUUGCAUCUACAUCAUAUGAUGAACAACCGUCAUCCACACCUCCAUUAGUCGCAACACAGACACAAUUAGGAGCAUUAGUCUUGCCAGAAAAACAGCCGCCGUCAGCAUCCAGUCCUUAUACAGCAAGACCACCAAAUGCGAUGACCAAGAGUUUUUCUGGUGGUUACAACUACGUUUCCGAUACAAAUAUAACGGAUCCACCAAAAAUUCCAAUGCGGAAACAGUCGCUCCAAUAUGAACCACAACUUCCAAAACGUACGCAGUCGUUCGCGUCAACAAGUAGUACACUACCACCAGCAACACCAGGUUAUUUGAGUGCUAAUAUGCUCUCUCCAGUGCUAAAAUACUCCCCUGCUUCAUCUCAGGACAGUGGGUCUAGUACACCAGUCACUAGCAGCACGACCCCGAUACUCGAGUUUAGAAAUGAACAGUUUAUGAAUAGUGGAGCAAGUGGAGUGGGUGGAUUUGGUGGAUUCGGUGGUGGAUUGGGUAUGGAGCCCAUACCUGAGAGACUAGGGAACGAUGAAAUUGGUCAUACUGAGGUUGGGAAAUGGAAGUGGGUGAGAGAUGAAAGUGAGGAGAAUGAAUGA